AUGGGGAUCAACCCAAACCAGCAGGCCUCCUGCCAUUACUAUGACAAACAUCCUCACGAGUUCCUGGCAGACGAGUUCACCUGCUCCCCGUGCGCACCGGGCCAGUGGCCAAACGACGACCUCACAUCCUGUUACGACCUGCCCGAGGACUACAUCAUGUGGGAAGACGCCUGGGCCAUCGGGCCAAUCAGCAUCGCCUGCGUGGGGUUCAUGUGCACGGCUCUGGUGUUCUGGGUGUUUGUGCGCCACAACGACACGCCCCUGGUCAAGGCCUCAGGCAGGGAGCUGUGUUACAUCCUGCUGCUGGGAGUGUUUCUGUCCUACGCCCUCACCUUCCUGUUCCUGGCCAAGCCCUCCCCCGCCAUCUGCGCCCUGCGACGCCUCGGCCUCGGGACCUCAUUCGCCGUCUGCUACUCCGCCCUGCUCACCAAGACCAAUCGCAUCGCCCGGAUCUUCAGCGGGGUGACGGACGGGGCCACCAGGCCGCGCUUCAUAAGCCCCUCCUCUCAGGUGUUUAUCUGUCUCAGUCUGAUCUCUGUCCAGCUGGUCAUGGUCUCAGUGUGGCUGCUGCUGGAGGUUCCUGGCACCAGACGCUUCACGUUACCAGAGCGACGGCAGACUGUCAUCCUCAAGUGCAACGUGCGCGACUCCAGCAUGCUGCUGUCGCUCGGAUACGACGUGCUCCUGGUCAUCCUGUGUACUGUGUACGCUUUCAAGACCAGGAAGUGCCCGGAGAACUUCAACGAGGCCAAGUUCAUCGGAUUCACCAUGUACACCACCUGCAUCAUCUGGCUGGCCUUCCUUCCUAUCUUCUACGUCACGUCCAGUGACUACAGGGUGCAGACCACCACCAUGUGCAUCUCAGUGAGCCUCAGUGGCUUUGUGGUCCUUGGCUGCAUGUUUGCUCCCAAGGUCCACAUCAUCAUGUUCCAACCACAGAAGAACGUGACCAGCCACCGACUCAACCUCAACCGCUUCAGCGUCAGCGGUCCCGCCACCACCUACGCAUCACAUGCUUCAGUGAGCGCCAACUAUGUUCCCACCGUGUGUAAUGGGAGAGAGAUCGUCGACUCCACCACUUCCUCUCUGUGACAGCCCCUCCCUCUUCACUGUCCAACCCCACGAGUCUAACCUGCGACUGUUAGCCAAUCCGCACACAUUGUGCUGCCC